AUGGAAGCUGUGCGCGAUCUGUACUGGGACGAGGUGGAGAAUCUGGUUCAAAACAACAUUUGCGUUUUAGGGACAGGAACACAUGGCACAGCCUACUUAGUUCGGUGGGGUGGGGAGACGGCAGUCCUGAAGGUUGCCCAUAAGUCUCAUGCGGUAAGAAGUUUUUGGCAAGAAACUGAAGCCUUGCUUCGUCUCGACGGGGCCGGUGGAGCACCAAGGGUCACCGGCUUCUGCAAUGAUCCACCAGCUAUUCUGCAAGAGUUCAAGGGCCUCGUCACCUUGGAAGACAUCUUAAAUCAGCUACAUGACGAGCGGGAGACUCGAUACAACUUGAUAGAGGUGGGUCUGCGGAUCGGGGAGCAGCUCGAAGACUUUCACCGAUCUGGUCUCAUCCACAAUGACCUAAAGAGAGACAACAUCCUCGUCAACGGGUCACCAUCCAACCCACAAGUCAGUAUCAUUGACGUGGGUCUGGCCUGUUACUCACACGAGAACAUUAGGUGUAACAGUGAUCCCAACAAAUUCCCCUGGAUGGCCCCCGAGGUGUGUCUGGGCCAAGAGAGCACCAGGGCCUCGGACACAUACUCCUAUGGGGUUUUAUUGUCCAAGUUGGCCGUUAAGGCACCCGGCUACCACCCAGACGUGUUUGCCCUCGCCCUCCAAGCCACGGAGUACAACCCUUAUCACCGCAUAUCUCUGCCGAACCUUCUUCAUCGUCUCCGGGGACUCCUUCGCCACAACCAAAUAGAGCUACGAGACAGAGCUAUGAGGCAUAGAGCUACAAGACACAGAACUACGAGAUACAGAUACCAGAUAGAGCUACGAGACAGAGCUAUGAGGCAUAGUGCUACAAGACACAGAACUACGAGAUACAGAUACCAGAUAGAGCUACGAGACAGACAGCUACAAGACACGGAACUAAGAGACACAGACACGAAACAGAGUGGCCACUAA